AUGACUUCAAACUAUGGCAUAUAUAUGCAAAAUAUAAACGCGAAUUAUGCUAUUGCGGAUCAUGAUUUUAUAAAACGUUAUUUUCAGCAUCAACGAUCCUCUAUGGGAGUAUUUAUCGAUUUUAAUUGCUGGCAAUCGGGAGCACUUUUAAAUAAGGCGAACGACUUGAAACUCUUUGAUCACCACUAUCGUUGGUUAAUCUAUGAUGAGAUGUCCAAUAUAAUGAAAUUUAAAAUUUUUGUUUCGAAUUUUAAUCUUUUCAUUAAUACGGACCUUACCUAUGCCAUGCUUAGUGAUGAACAUAUCAAUUCAUCGAAAAAUUCGACAUUUUUAUUAUACGAUGUUUAUAAUAAGGGUCAAAAAUGGGGAGGCCGAUUAAACAUGACUGCAGAUCACGCUGUAACCUGUUCCCAUACCAAUUGUCAUUUACAAAAAUAUUUGUCCACUUUGCAUCAAAGAUCUAAAUCCGGUAAUCGUGAGCGUUUGUCGGACAUAACGUUGACAGUAUGUACGGUGGUGACCAGAAAGCCAAUUAAUUUACCUGAAGAAGUGCUAAUCGGGUAUCUAAUGUCACAAAACAAUACUCAUAUCGAUGGUUUGCCAAGAUUUGGAUUCCAGGUGUUGAUGGUAUUAAAAGAUAUUCUGGGUAGCAACUUUUCUUAUCAAUUUAAAGAAACGUGGAGCGUAACGGAAACUACUGGCGGUUGUAUAGGUGCGGUAGGCUAUGAGCAUAGUGCAGACUUGCUUUCAACGCCAUUCCUUUUCACGGAGAAACGUUCACUUUAUUCGCGGCCUAUUCUAAGGAACGGCCACUUUCGAUCGAUAUGCAUAUUCCGUACACCAAGGAAAGCGGACUUGAAAACCGGAGUCUUCAUGGAACCGUUUAGCGUAGCUGUAUGGAUUUUAUUUGCUAUCAUCUUAGGUUUAAUUGGCGUGCUUUUACGGUUUAUAUUUUUGGUGGAGCACAAUAAGAUGAAAAUUUCUUUAACAUAUGUGCCUUCAUUAUUAACUACGUGCCUUAUGUCAUUUAGUACAGCUUGCGUGCAGAGCAGUCAAUUGAUUCCCAGUUCGUUUGGUGGCCGCUUAACGUUUAUUUGCUUAUCCUUGCUGACGUUUAUCAUGUAUAACUAUUACACUUCAAUAGUCGUUUCAACGCUACUGGGUGCGCCGGUUAAAUCGGACAUUAAAACUAUUGGCCAAUUGGCUGAUAGUAACUUGGAAGUGGCCAUGGAACCGUUACCUUAUAAUGCGGCCUAUUUAAAUUUUUCAAAAUUACCGGAAAUUAAACGUUUCGUUAAACGGAAAAUCGAGUCUAAGUCCAAUCCAGGUAGUGUUUGGAUACCAGCCGAGGAGGGUAUUUUACGUGUUAGAGAUGAGCCGGGUUUUGUAUAUAUUUUUGAGGCUUUCUCGUUCGGUUUGGUGGAACGUUAUUACGACGCUCACGAAAUAUGCGAUUUGAAUGAAGUUUUAUUUCGACCUCCGGCCGACCUGCACACGCAUGUCAACCGAAAUUCGACGUUCAUUGAAAUUCUACGUUGGCGACUUGUGCGCAUUUUUGAAACUGGCAUCUAUAGUAAGUUUCAUCGUCAUUGGAUUAAUUCUCGUUUAAAUUGCUAUUUGGGUAACAAUGCUCUCGUACAAGUCGGUCUCGAAUACACUGCUCCGUUAUUCGCUAUGCUAUUUUGUUCAUACAUAUUAGUUUUAAUUGUUAUUCUCUUGGAGAUAUUAUGGAAACAUUUCGAGAGGCGUGCAACUUAAAGGAAUGCAUUUUAUUCGAAUUUGCCGCGAAGAAUUCUUUUCAACUUUAGACUUAUCUUAAAC